UGCCCUUUCUCUCUCUCUCUCUCUCUCUCUCUCUCUCUCUCUCUCAGCAUCAAUGGCGACGGGCUGGCUGAAGUCGCUGCACUGCAAAUCCAAUGCCGUGGAAGACGUUUACCUCCCUAAGCGCAUGGCACCGGCGAAGAUUCUCCACGCACCGGCCUUUUCCUGCCGUAGCUCCUCCCAGGCUCUUCGCGACGCCCUCUUUCUCAUCUCCCAUAAACUCCCUCCUCCACCUAACAAUCCCCCAUCCCCUACUUCCUCUUCCUCCCCCGCCAAAACCUCCCAACGGAAUCGAUCCCAAACCCUAUCUAAAACCCUUAAUCCGAAACCCAAAUCCCGACCGAAGCCAAAAGCCAAGCAAUCUACCGUUACAUCUUCGCCGCCGGCUACCCUACCCCUUCCAACUCUCGACAAUCUCCCGCAAAGCCACUCUUCCCGUCGCGUGGUUGAGAUAAUAUUCCGCUCGAGUUGGUCCUCCCUCGGCGCACCAUUCCCCGGUGAGAUCGAGAUGCUCUUCCGUGUCCACAAUCCACCCCUUGCCGUCGCCCGCUUUGAGGAGUGCCGAGCCGCCGUCCGCUCCCGCGCCGACGACCCUCGUUGCGCCGCCGACGGUAACGAGAUGAUGCGAUUCCAUUCCUCCUUCGCAGCCGGAGGCGAGAUCUACGACGCCGGCGUUGCCCGAUGUGCGGUGGGCAAACUGGAGGGCGUUCGUACCUUCGCUGGUAGCGGCGCGGCCCAUGAGAAUUCAGGCCGAGGAACGGGCCGUCGGGCCAUGCUCGUUUGUCGGGUUAUUGCAGGUCGGGUCAGAGAUCCAUUCGGCCCAAAUUCGGAGGCUGACUCGGUCUGCCUUGGUAAAUCGGAGCUCCUGGUCAUCGACCCGCGGGCUGUGCUCCCCUGUUUCCUCAUCAUCUACAAAGUAUGAGGGUUUUCUUAAUGCUCUUAUUAGCAUGUAAUUAAUAAGAUAUUAUUAUUAGGUAAGUGUAGUUCAAGCUUUUAAGAACUAAAAUAAUUAUUAUUUUUUGUUUUAUUUUUA